UUCAUAUUUUGAAACAUUUUUCAGUAGUUUCACCCUAAUUUUUAGGCAUAUCUUAUACAUCUAUGCUUUUAGGUAGGAAUUUUUUAUUUUGUAAAUAAUUCUAUGGGUUAACAUCAUAGGUAAUCUGACAUUGUGAUUAUGAAACAGGUCGUUUGAAUUGAGUUUGUUAUUCUCCAUUGAUUCAGCACACAAAGAAAUCGAUUUCUGAAGCCUUGAAAGUAAUAUGCAUAAAGUGUGUGAUACAACUAUUGGCCCAAUAAGUGUUGAUUUAAUUGAACCUAACCUCUAUCUUGGUGGUUUAGCUGCUGCCAAAGACAAGGAUACAUUAAAAAGGUUGAAUAUAAGUCAUAUUAUAACCAUUGAUACAUGCCCUCUUCCUAGACAAAUUGUUGAGUUGAAAUGCUUAACUAUCAAAUUUAUACAGCUAUCGGAUCAACCGAAAGAGGACAUAUUGAGUUACUUUGAUGAAACACAAAGUUUCAUCGAGGAAGGUAUUUCAAAGGGAAAUGUCCUUGUGCACUGCUAUUUUGGAGUUUCUAGAAGUGCCACUGUGGUUAUUGGUUAUGUAAUGAAGAAAUAUAAUUUGAAUUUUUCAGAUGCAUUUCAGAGGGUAAAAUUAAAAAGAAGCAUUGUUUAUCCUAAUCCAGGAUUCAUCUCACAGCUCCUUCUUUAUGAGAAAAUGAACUAUGUUGUGGAUAAAAAUUACAUGGAAUACAAAAUAUUUCGUUUAUCAUUGGCAGCUGACCGAUUCAAAAAAAUUAAAAUUCUACCACAGAAUUUUCUUCAAUGUAUAAAAAGUGAUCCUGGUUUAGAAAGAAGCCUACCUGAACCAAAUGUUUACAAAUGCAAAAAGUGCCGAAGGGUACUGGCAUGUUUUUCAAAUUUGAUUACCCAUGAUAAUGAGAAUCAAGUGUGUAAGAAGAGUUUUUUUAUUGAACCAUUGGAAUGGAUGAAUGUUACCCAAGUACCUGAAGGCAAAUUAUACUGUCCUAAAUGCAAAAAUAAAUUGGGUUCUUUCAGUUGGAUUAAGAGUUGUCAAUGUCCAUGUGGCAGACAAAUUACCCCAGCAUUCUACAUCAAUCCCUCUAAAGUGGAUUUUACUGAUGUUGUCAAAAAUGUAGAAGUAACAUUUUGAAUUUUAAACUUGUAAAUGACCAAACUAAGCAGGGUGUUAAAUAUUCUUCACUAGUUGAAGUUUUAUUCUUGUUUGUGUUCAUAGUGAUAGUGGAGAUUUUAUUAUUAAUUAUUUUUUGAAGAUAUUGUUUUGUUAUGUAUAAAUUGUUUUAAGUUUAAAUUAUUCUACAUUUAAUUUUUAAUGUGCCAAAAUAAGUUGAUGAUUUGUUGAUAAUUUCCACUUGUAGAGAUGUUAUAAAUAGACUUAUAUAAUGUGUGUGUGUCUAUAAUGGUGUACAGGUAACUCAAAAAUAUCGCAUUAAAUAUUUAUUGGGCGACUGUAUUAAAAUAAAAAAGUAAUAUUUUACUCUAAUUUUCAAUUUUGUGAUAUGUACUUUCAUGUGAUUAAUAAGCUAUGUGUAUAAAUGUAUAUUUUUUCAACGUAAAAUUAGUUUGUAUUUCAAUUAAAUAUUGUUUCAAUAAAUGACUAUUAGACUUA